AUCGGUGAUCCCCUGGCAAGACGAGCCGAAGCAAUUCUACGACAAAAUGCACCUUAUCCUGGGGAUGAUCUUGGGAAAGAGGAGACUCUAUCUUCAGAACAGUUCUUGAUCUAUAGAACAUCAGAAACUCAUCACCUCAUAAUGGACAGGGCAUCUCACCUGGAGGAUGACAUCGAGAUCCCCUUGUUUCUGCUGAAUAAUCUGAAUUUCUUCAUUAGUGACUGGUACAUGAAGAGAUUAGCGUGGCCAUUGGACAUACCGAGGUUUAUGCUGCGCUAUAUGCAGCAGCAAACACCAAUGGGAGACGCAAUCGCUGAGAGGGUAGCAACUAUGUUAAACGCCGAAGUCCAGCUCCCUGGGGAAUCCAGCCUGGAUUGCUUCUAUUGCCAUCGAGUCAGGUAUGAGAACGAAAAUGUCUAUGAGAUAUUUGACCAGGAGCUUAACUUUUAUGUUUGCGCAGAUGACCGGUUCCUUAGCAAUGAGAAACUGAACGUUAGCCAUUGGUAUGCCAAACACUUGCUUAAAGCUUACCGAAAGUUAAACGGCCUGAUGGUGGCGAAGGAACUAGAAUGGGAGAAUAACCAUCUUAGAUUACUGGACUCAGAACCUCUGAGUUCUAUGGACUGCGCCCUAGAAGAGGUGGUACAUCAGCUGUUUGCGAUACCGGACAUGAAAUUCGUGGAAACACCUCACCAAUAUCGGCUGGUUGAGUUGAAUGGCCAGCAAGUGGCUCCUGGACAGUACCCAGCUAUUCAGUGUAAUGCUGCGACCACCAGGGACUUCAAACGAUUGAUACCUAAACCCGUGGUGGUGGUGGUGGUGCAUAUAAAUGGGAGACCGGCGAGGGCAUUAAUCGAUAUGGGAUCCUUGGCUGACUUUAUGUCAUCUACAUUAGUGGAACAGCUGUGA